UCCGCUCAGUGUCUCGCACGCGCUGGUGGUGACCGCACGUUCCCGGCAGACCGUUCCGCGUUCCUCCGUCCCACCCUCGCCUCCGCCACCGCAAGCCCCCGCUCGCUCGACCUCCCCCAUCGAAUUAGACGCACGCGCGCGCCCACCCCGCUCGGACGCCCGGCAGACGCGGACCAGCCAGUGAAAGUGGUCUUCGGAGGAAAACACAGCGCGCUCUCGGCCGUCCCAGGUCUCGUCCAGCUUCGCCCCGUCGAGAAAAGUGCCGUCGAUUCCGAGGGGAAGAUGACUUCCUUCGUCAGCGCCGUCGUCGCGUUGGGCCUCGCCUCCCUGGUCGCGGGAACGGAGUUCGCAUCGCAGUUGAGGAAAUGCAGCGUCGACAACAAGAAUGCUCUUAACACUUGUCUCAAACAGAUCAUGGAGGAUCUAAGGCCACGCACCAAGACAGGUAUCCCCGAGCUUGGCCUCCCUGUCCUGGAACCAAUGCAGAUCAACAACAUUGUCUUUCGCCAGGGAGACGGAGCUGUCAACGUGCAAGCCAAGUUCAUGCAAGUGAAAGUGCAAGGUCUCUCCAACUACACCACGUCUUAUGUGAACGCCGACCCGCAGGCACUGACACUGUCCGUGGGUCUCAUGGUGCCAGAACUCCGCGUGGCCGGACUCUAUGACCUUAAGGGUCAGGUCAUCGUCUUCCCCGUGACCGGAUCCGGACCUUCUGGACUAACCUCUACAACAUCGACGCCUCCGGAGUGGGGAAGCUCAGCGUGCAGCAGGGACCGGACGGCCAGGAGCGGCUCCGGGUAUCCGACACUCGCAUCAACUUCGACAUCCGGACAUUUCGCUCCACCUCAGCAACCUCUUCAAUGGCGAUCCUCUGCUGGGUGAGACCGUGAACCACUUCCUGAACCAGAACAGCCAAGAGGUCCUUCGCGACGUCAAGCCCGAAGUGUCACGUCAGCUCAACGUCCUCAUCCAGAGAGUGAUGAACGACGCGCUCUCCAGCUCCCCGUCAGCUCCUUCCUCAUCACGAACUGAGAGAGCUUUGGGUGCGAGAAGGAAGGAAGAGGG